GAUCCACUUGGGAUGGAAUCUGGCACCAUACCAGAUGGAAGAAUCACGGCAUCUGCGUUCUACGAUGGGAAUUACUAUCCCUACUUCGCACGGUUAAACGGAGUUCGUAGUUACGGUGCCUGGGCUGGGACAAACGUCGUCGGAGAUUGGUUGCAGGUGGACUUGGGAGAGAUGAAGCGCGUCAAGGGCACCAUUAUUCAGGGUCGCCAACGGGGUUCGCAAGAAUGGGUGACGUCAUACAAACUCCAGUACAGUGCAAACGGGAAAGCUUGGACAACAUAUGCGGGCAGCGAUGGAUCUGACAUGGUUUUUACAGGCAACACGGACACAAACACAGCUGUAAAGAACCUACUGGACAACCCAGUUGAUGCCCGUUACGUGCGUCUCUACCCUCUGUCCUGGAAUAAUCACAUGAGUAUGAGGAUGGAGAUUCUAGGCUGCAGCGCUGAACUUUGUCAGGAUCCACUUGGGAUGGAAUCUGGCGCCAUACCUGAUGGAAGCAUCACUGCAUCUUCGUUCCACGAUCCGAAUUACCAUCCCUACUUCGGAAGGUUAUACGGAGUUCGUGGUGAAGGUGGCUGGGCAGCAAGAACAAACGUCAUCGGUGAAUGGUUGCAAGUUGAUUUGGGAGAGAUGAAGCGCGUCACGGGCACCAUUAUUCAGGGUCGCCAACGGACUUCUGAACAGUGGGUGACGUCAUACAAACUCCAGUACAGUGCAGAUGGGACUACUUGGGCAACAUAUGCCGGCAGCGAUGGAUCUGACAUGGUUUUCACAGGCAACACAGACACAAACACACCUGUAAGGCACCUGUUGGACGACCCUGUUGAAGCCCGUUAUGUGCGUUUCGUGGUUCAGUCCUGGCACAGUCACAUCACCAUGAGAGCGGAGGUUCUCGGCUGCAGUAAGUCUCUAUAGUUAUGAGUGUGUCCAAUAGCGGGCUACGUCAGUUUUAGCGGAGUUUGCUACAAGGACUUUGCUGACCCGAAGACGUACGCUGAGGCUAAACAGACGUGUGCGGCAGACGGAGGACUGGUGGCCAUGCCGAAGGACAGCGCGGCCAACACUCUCAUCAACAAUCUGGGAGGAGGAUGUUGGAUCGGGCUGACCGACACUGAGAGCGAAGGGCAGUGGGUAUUUGAAGACGGCCAGACCCUUGCGUCUACCGGCUUUGCCAAUUGGAACACCGGGGAGCCAAACAACGCUAACACGGGCGAAGACUGUGUCGAAGUAUAUGGUCCCACACACCUCUGGAAUGAUGCCCCGUGCAGCGUCACCCGGAGAUACAUCUGUCAGCUAGGUAUGUCUUUCUGUCAGGAUCCGCUCGGAAUGGAGUCUGGCGCCAUACCUGAUAGCAGCAUCACUGCAUCUUCGACCUGGGAUUUACAUUUGAAUUUAGAUUACGCGCCCUACCGCGGACGGUUAAACGGGGUUGCUGGUGUGGGCUCCUGGUCAGGAGUCACCUACAUCGGGCAAUGGCUGCAGGUUUUCACAGGCAACACGGAUAUGAACACACCUGUGACAAACCUACUGGACAAGCCAGUUGAUGCCCGUUAUGUGCGUUUCGUGGUUCAGUCCUGGCACGGUCACAUCAGCAUGAGGGUGGAGAUUCUAGGCUGUGGCAAUAUCCUUAACGGAGGUUGGUCGAGCUGGAGCGGAUGGUCUGGCUGCAGCGUGACGUGUGGGUCCGGGAGCCAGUCUCGGAGUAGAUCCUGCACCAACCCUGCACCAGCGUACGGAGGGGCGAACUGUGCCGGACCAGCUCAAGAAACGCAGCAAUGCAACGCAGGGUCUUGCCCAGGACAGCCGUGGCGCCUCGGGUGUUGGAGGGACACCCCUGACCGCGCUUUGCCGGACCUGGAUGGACAAGGAGACCCCUUCCUGACCGUUCACUACACGUUACGGACCAACGCCGUCAGCGCGUGCCAGAGCGCUGCUGCCAGCCGGGGGUACACCGUGUUCGCAAUCCAGCUUGGAGCAGUAUGGGAAGAUGAGGGCGACGAAUGCAUAUGCAACUCAGGAAACGAGAUCGCCUGUAACGCGCUCUCGAGGCUGAUCCUAGAUGAAGUUGGGAUUGGUCAUCUCACCGUUUCCUGGACAGUCGUGGGGAAUCUUCCGAUCUCGCGCUACAGGCUCCGCUACCAGCCGGCAGACGGGUCGGGCUCGUACCAGGACCUCUCCCCCGCACCAGAAAUCGGAGCCACCUCGGCAACCGUGCAGGGACUGUUGGCCGACACGGAAUACACCAUCACGCUGACUUCUUUUGACGAGGACGACCAGCCAAACGGGGAAAUCAGUGGCACAUAUACCACAGAUUCGUUUGUGGUGAACGUAGUGUGCGACCAGGACAGUAUGAGUCUGUCCAUCCCCCGUGCGGCGCUGCCGGCUGUGAAUGUGGAGGACCUGCACCUGCUGGACCCGGACUGUGGAGCUACUGAGGACGAAGAUGUCUUUAAGUUGGAGACACACCUGCAGGAGUGCGGAACCAGGCAGGAGACCUCAGGAGACGACAAAUUUAUCUUCUCCAACGAAGUCAUUGCCAACCAAGUGACUCAGACCAACGGCGCUGUGCGUAACCAGCCGGUAAACCUGCCCUUCCAGUGCGAGUUCCUCCGUCAGCACGUAGUUUCCCAGGGUGACGACAUCAUGUAUAACAUCCCCUCUCCUCGCCUACAAAUCAUUGACGCCAACAACAGCUUCACCAUGGAGAUGCAUAUGUACACUUCGGAAGACUUCAGUGCAACCUACAAGAGUUCUGACUUCCCGCUUCAGGUCUCACCAUCUGACCGUCUUCACUUCGGCCUGAGCGUGGCGUCAUCUCUGGACAACCUGGAGCUGUUCGCCCGUGACUGUGUCUCCACCCCCACCACCAACCCUGCCGACUCUCCUAGGGUCAGAAUCAUCGCCGAUGGCUGCCAGGUUGAUGAAACUCUACAGAAGGACGAUGACCUUUCUAACGACAAGGCCCUGUGCUACGGCGUGGAUGCCUUCGCGUUUCCCAACGCUCUCGACCCCAGUCUGGUUUACUUCCACUGCACCAUGAUCAUCUGCUUCAAGGACGACCCUGACUCCCGGUGCAAACAGGGCUGCAUCCCGCCAGCAGCACGCCGCAGGCGAGCCGUCUCGGACGGGACGGAGACCAGGGUUCGCCGGGAGAGCAGCAGGGACAAGCGGGCGGACAUCACCCAAGGACCCUUCCAGGUGCAGUCCGGAGAAGAAGCAGGAACAGGACCAGCCGGAGUGCCGCUGGGUACCGCGGUGGGAGCGGCUGUUGGAGUUGCCGGGAUCAUGGUGCUUCUGAUCGUGGCCGGUGGCCUGGCGAAGAAACGGGGCGGCCUGGCCUUAGGGAGGAAGAAGCGUGAUGACGACACUGUCGGACUGGACAACUACGCGUUCCAGAGUUGGGGAAAGAUGAACAAGGCUGACAUUGCUGACACCAAAGCCUAG